AUGGAAGAAUCAAAUAGCAUAAGACAAAAUGUACCAAAUGUAUCUAAUGAUCGUGUAGUAUUAAAUGUUGGUGGUGUUAAGUAUGAAACAUAUCGAUCAACUUUAACCGCUUAUCCUGAUACACUUUUGGGUACAAUGUUUCAAGAAAGAAAUAAAAGUUUACUUAUACCAACCAAUGAAAAUGAAUAUUUUUUCGAUCGAGAUGGUCUCAUAUUUCGUUACAUUAUUCAAUUUUAUCGUACUGGUGAAAUUUUUUGGGCGGAAGAUACAAAUUUUAUUUAUGAACCCACUCAAAGUGUUUAUAUUAAUCGAAGAGAGUUAGAAUUAGAAUUAGAUUAUUUUCAAAUUCCUUAUCCCGGAUUUGGUGGUAGUAUAGGAGGAAUAGAUAAAUUUGGAGUAGUAGAAUUAGUUGAUGGAUUUUUAAAUGCUUUAGAUAACGUGGCUUAUCAUGUUAUUAAAAAAUAUCAUGCUACAAUAAAAAUUCAAUUUAGAUUAGGAAUGAUUGAUUAUGAUGAAGUUGAUCAAGAUAUGGAAUCUUUAGUUAGUGAAUUAUUAUUACCUUUUAAAUUAGUUGGUUAUAAAAUACUUUGUAAAUUUGAUAAAGAAAUUGCUGCUUAUUUAUUGAAUAAUCAUAAAUCAAUAGAUUCUAGAGUUAUGAAAAGAACCAAUAAGGGUUAUUAUGAAAUUAGGUUAUCUAUGAAAGAUUUUGAUAGUUUAGAUGAUCAAAUAGUAUUUAAAUAUUCUAAAUUAUCUAAAGUUGUUGAUCCUUCAAAGAUAAUAUCUAACAAUUUUGAUAAUGAUGAAAAUAAUGAAAAUAAUGAAAAUAAUUAUAAUGAUAAUUAA